AUGAGCGUUGGUGAGUUGGCGAAAGGAGACUGAAGGAGGACCCACAGGCUCCGUCGACCGUUGCCGCCGUCUCGAUCGCGCCCGAUCAGUCGCCUCAACCAAAGCCAUUCGACGACCACCACUAGCCCAGCAUCCUCCGGCCUCUGAACAGGGCACCACGAAGGGUUCCACGGAUGGCUGUUGAGGCCUUUGGACAACCAGGGCGGGUCGCUUAUGGACGGCCACUGGUGGAGGUGUUCUCGGUGGAGCUGCGCUUGAACAACCCUGGCGGCAAGCUGUACGGCAUAAUCACAGUCACCGAUGGCGUGGGUUGUCAAUACAUCUACAACCGAAAAAGCCAAAAAAGAGAUGAGGGCGAUAGCGGUUCGGCAGCUUUGUUGAACGGCCCAGCUGGAGGCAUCUCUGCCCUUGGAGGCUUUACGAUUGAUGUGGAUCUCAUGGAUGACAUUAAAGGGCAGUUCUCAUGGAACGUUUACGACGUCACUAAUGUGUAUGACAGGCUCUUACAGGAGAACGUCAAUGGAAACACGGGUUCGGCGAUAGUGAAGUACGCCGUGUUUCUUGAUGCAGCGGUAGCUAUUGUGGAAGUCAUACUCUUUAAUGGAGAUGGGAAUGACCGUGCCUAUGUUUAUGGACAGAUUACUGCUCGCAAUACCAACUUCACAAACGAAAGUACCCUCUUUCAGAAGACUCUGGACGAGAACAGAAGAGUAAGUCCUGGGAGCACAUUCCUUUGUCGAGAUCUGUAGUAGCUGUGCCAUUGAGCUCCUCCCUCAUAGUUGGGGCGAAUCUGUUUGUUCACAAUGGGUACAAACGUGAGAGCGAAAGGGAGAUCGCCAAGGGCACUGCAGAGUUCCCUGCUCAAUGCUCUGGUACAUUUGAAAGGGAUAUUUGGGCAAAGUACUGUAUGAUCCGAGUGAAGGUCACUUGGACUUUAGAUAUUUAAAAUUCAUAUGCUGCUAAUUAAAGCUGUAAGAUAGUGAUAGUAUGAGAAUUGAAAUUUGAUUUUGGAUUUUACUUUUUGGAGCGAGGUUAUGGUUUGAAGAGAAGAGGUUUCUAUCCCUAUGGGGUUGAGGUUAAGUUUAGUUGUACUCUGUUUGAGGUUAUUAUACUGGGCCCUAACUCUCUGAGUGCUCGAGUCCUAGUUGGGUUGUAUGGGUGACCCCUUUUUGGUGUGAGCUGGAUGCAGUGAGGCUCGCGAUUAUCAGUGAGGCGCUUUCGCAUGCUUAAAAGCGCAUUCAAAGACCCUCGAUGAGAUUACUGUAAAGCAUCCAAAGAUGUUGACGAGACCGUUUCUGAAUUCAUAGUAACUUCUACUAUUUUGCUUCUGUUGAAAUGUUCCUAUCAGAGAGUCUUGGAGUUUAUAUAUAAUCUGAAUGUGUUCAAACAAAAAGUGGGGAAACAUGCUGGUGCCCAUUUCAUCA